UUCCUCCAAACCACACAUAGUUCUAUAAUCAAUAAUUUGUUUCUGUUUACUUUGUUUAGUAUGAUCAACCUAUUUUGAUAUCCUUUUUUUUGUAACUAUUAAACAUCAUAUGUAAUUCUGGUUCUGAACAGUUUCUGCAAUAGAAGAUGGGUAGACCAAUACAUACGCUUGUAAUUUUCAUUGCUUCGAUCGUAAUUCUAUUAUUACUAGUAUCUAGAUCAGAGGGGGAUGCCAGAGCCCAAACCGUCAAGAUGAUUUGUAAUGAAGGUGAAAACACUCAAACAAAUUUGCUCCUAAACUUUAUCAGAGUAUAUGGAAGACUUAGCAACCAAAUGCAAACUUCAAAUAACGCAACGGUAUCAGAGGGAACCAGCCCCGACACAGUGUAUGGUCUUUCCCAAUGCUAUGGUGACCUCUCUGUACAAGAUUGCCAACUCUGUUACGCCGGAACGCGUGGUAUGCUUCCUACUUGCUGGCCAAAAAAUGGGGGUCGACUUUACUAUGAUGGUUGUUUUACGCGAAUCCAAGUUUAUAAUUUUUUUGAGGAGUAUACGGGGCCUCAUGACACAAUUGUUUGUGGUAAUACAUCAAGAAAAAGUACCAUGUUUCAAGACUCAACAAGGCAGGCAGUUAUGAAUGCUGCAACAGAUGCACUAAGAAACAGUAACUACUUUGCUAGGGAAGAGGUGACCAGGGUUGGUUCUAAUGAUUCAGUUUAUGUGCUGGCCCAGUGUUGGAAUACUUUGAGCCCAGAAUCUUGUAGGACGUGUUUGAUGAACGCAUCUGCAUCAAUCACAAAAUGUUUGCCGUGGUCAGAGGGACGAGCAUUGAACACUGGAUGUUUCAUGAGGUAUUCUGAUACCAAUUUUCUUAACCCGAUAGCGGAUACAAGCAACUCUAGCAAUACAGGGAAGAUAACUGCUAUUGUAGUUUCGACAAUUAGUGCUACUGUGGUCUUCACAGUUGCAGCAAUGGUUGUGAUAUAUAUCAGACGACGCAGAUAUAUACAGCAGAAAAGAAAAGAUUCUUAUGAUGUCGAGAAGCUAUCUGCAAUGCUAACAGAUAUUAGCUUGAACUUCAAAUACUCCACCGUUGAGAAAGCAACAGGAAAUUGGGAUGAGUCCAAUAAGAUUGGACAAGGUGGAUUUGGGAUUGUGUACAAGGGGGUUCUUUUCGAUGGACGGGAAAUAGCUGUGAAAAGGCUCUUCUUAAACCACAAGUUGAGAGUGGUAGAUUUCUACAAUGAAGUUAACUUGAUCAGCAGCGUUCAACACAAAAAUCUGGUCAGGCUGUUGGGAUGCAGCUGUUCAGGACCUGAAAGCAUUCUUGUAUAUGAAUUUCUACCCAAUAUGAGUCUCGACCACUAUAUUUUUGAUGAAAUAAAAGGAAUGGAAUUAGGCUGGGAGAAGAGAUUUGAGAUUCUUACCGGUAUAGCAGAAGGCCUUAUUCACCUUCAUCAAAAUACCAUAAGUCGAAUUAUUCAUAGGGAUAUAAAAGCUUCUAAUAUCCUGCUAGACUUGAGGCUUCGUCCCAAAAUAGCUGAUUUUGGGUUGGCCAGGUCUUUUCAAGAUGACAAGAGUCACAUCAGCACCGCCAUUGCAGGAACACUUGGGUAUAUAGCUCCAGAGUACCUAGCCCAUGGUCAUUUAACAGAAAAGGCCGAUGUCUAUAGCUUUGGUGUGUUAGUUCUUGAGGUUGUCUCGGGAAUGGAAAACAACAGCAGCAAAAUUACAGAAUAUUUGGACAGCUUAGUGUCUACUGCAUGGAAGCAUUUCAAGCAUGGGACAGUGGAGAAAUUAUUUGACCCGAACCUAAUGAUGCAUAAAUAUCCGAACAACAAUUUCCAAAAGGAUGUCAAAAGAGUGGUACACAUAGGACUUCUUUGCAUUCAAGAAGCUCCAUCUUUAAGACCAUCCAUGUCAGUGGCACUAAGAAUGUUAACAAAGGAUGAUGAAGCGUUACCUGUCCCCUCUGUUCCACCAUUUAUAGACGAGGAAACAAUGGAACUCAACAUAACUCAAACGUUACUGGAUUCUUCGGUUGCUACAGUUUCACGCAACCGUUCAUACCCGAGGAAACCUUAGUUGGUAAUGAAAUUCCUGAAGAGAAUAGGUUCACAAGCUGAUUACAAACAGAGGUUUCCAAAUAAAUCUUCCACCAAUCAAAUCAAGACAUUUUUUCUCUUUCUUCUUUCUCUCUUAAUUGAUUGGUCCACAUCGCAUGUCACAUGUAUUUAUAAUCCCUGAAAAGUUAGUCCAUCUCUAGCUAUCCAUGUCGAACUCAAGCAAGAUGGUUAAAUGAAUGAACAAGACGAUAAAGCCAGGUUGCUAAAGGACCUUGUGCUUUUGAUAUCGGGGGUUGCUUUUCCAAACGAACGUGCUGUGCUUUUAUUCACUCAUUUUUGGUUGUAUAUUCAACCUUCUGUUAUGUGGUUUUGAAGCCCGAAGUCACUGAAGAAUUUUUGUUGUUUUUU